AUGGAUUCCUCACUAUACCAGCUCUGGCAGGAGUCGUCCAGCGACCUCUUCCAACCAGCUCUGGCCAAGGGCAACCAGACCAUCGCCGCUGCCCUUCUCCUCGCCCUCGGCAUCACCUCAACUGGUCUCUUUGCUUUGAACCGCUCGUUCAUAAAUAUUGUCGCUCUUGGUGUACCAGCGUCAUUGGCAUUGGCGUCGCAGCCGGGUCCUGGUGUCUUCAGGGCCGUGACGAGUUCGACUCGUCCAUUGCAUCAGCUUUUGAGGGCAAUCAGUUUCACAAACAAGAUCCACGUUGAAAUUUCUGAAGAUGGUAUCAGGUUCACGGCCGAGCACGCUCGCGUUAUGCAAGGCGUUGCUUCCCUGAACAAGGCCCUCUUCAGCAGUUUUGUCUUAAACCUUCCUGAGGCGGCUGCUCAAGGCGGAGAAGAAUACGAGAACACACCUGUUGUCCCCAAUUUCCAAAUCUCUCUUCCAGCACUCAUAGAGACUUUGCAGCUUUUUGGUCUAGCGGAUGCAGCUGUUCGACAGGCCAAGACGGAGGCGGAUCCUUACCGCAGCAACCUGAGAAACUAUCGCCCCGAUGCCUUCAGCAACCAAACUCUGGGCGUUGCGGGUACUUGCUGUCUUUCUUACUCGGAGGAGGGUGCGCCGUUCAGCAUCAACAUGGAAGAGGCGGGCGUCAACACCACUUGCAACCUGGUGACGUACCUCCCGGAUGCCCCAGAGGAUAUCCCAUUUGAUCGGGAGGGCAUAUCAUUCAAGAUCAUCAUGCAAUCGCGCUGGCUCCUGGACGCUCUGGCCGAGUUGGCGCCCACCUCGCCCAACCGGCUGACCAUCACGGCGUCAAAACGCGAGCCGUUCCUCCGCCUGUCGGGUUCGGGGCCUCUGGGCAGCUCAAGUGUGGACUUUUCCAGGGGCAGGGACCUGCUCGAGACGUUUUCGGUGCGGGAGCGCUGGGCGCAGAGCUUCAAGUUUGACAUCAUCAAGUCUGCAAGCGAGGCGAUGCGCAUCUCGAGCAAGGUGAGCCUCAGGGGCGAUGGACAGGGCGUCUUGAACUUUCAGUUCAUGGUCGAGGUCGAAGGCGGUGGGAUGCAGUGGUUGGAGUUUCGUUUUGUGCCGUAUCUUACCAGGGAGGACGACGAGGAGGACGACGCUGCCGCUGAAGAUGAUGAGGAGGAGGAUGACCAAGAGUGA